CCGUAUCCCUUCAUUCAUCAGGCCGUUUCCUGAAGCCAUUUCUCGACGGGAGAAACGAGAGUUGCGCUACUUUUUAAUCCGUUGCAUCUGCCUAAAUGCACUUUCUUCAAGAAAAAUACUUUGCAAAAGUCGAUGAAUCAGACUCUCAUCUUCACUUUGGUCUGAUUAUUUUUGAAAUCAUUGCGGCGGAUUAGCGGCCACACGGGCUUGAAAGUACAGAGACAAGAAAGGGGUUACCCUGAAUUCGCAAGAUGAGAAGAGGGCUCUCCUCGGCUCCGGACAAAGUGUUUUUAGCGGGGGUCGGGGGCUCUCCUCUGGACAAUAAUAUAAUUUUAACAACUCUCACGGAUCGUUUAAACCCCGGACAAGCGAACGCUACGUAUAUCCAAAUAAUAACCACCUCACCGCCUUGCAACGUUUCACAGACAUCGAGUGUGUGUUUAUCCGAGCCGCAGAUAAACAACAUUUACACAACUCCACAACAAGCUGCAGCGAACGGAGCAGGACAACGACCCGCUCUGGGGAGACCGCCGGCAAAACGGCGCUUGGCGCUCGAUGACUCCGACCACCAGUACCAGUCAGAACCAGCCAGAACUCCGAGAGGCAGAGGAGCGGCCGCAACGACCAAUGGAGCUCGGCUAAAGACACCCAGAACACCCAAAUCUCCUCCGGAGAAGACGCGCUAUGACACCUCCCUGGGCCUGUUAACAAAGAAGUUUGUGGACCUUCUUGCUCAGUCUUCUGACGGCGUUUUGGACCUCAACCUUGCAGCCGAAACCUUACAGGUACAGAAAAGGCGGCUGUAUGAUAUCACCAAUGUACUAGAAGGAAUUCACCUCAUCAAGAAGAAAUCAAAGAACAACAUUCAGUGGAUGGGUUGUAGUCUGUUAGAGGUCGAGGGAGCACUGAGCCAGAGACAGAGGCUGACAGCGGAAGUUUCUGCGCUGGGAGAAGAGGAGCAGAGGCUUGAACAGCUCAUCCAGAGAUGCAGCCUGGAUAUGAGACAUAUGAGCGAUUCGCAGAGCAACCAGAAAUAUGCCUAUGUAACAUACCAAGACAUCAGACAGCUGGGAAACCUCCGAGACCAGACUGUUAUUGUCGUCAAAGCGCCCACAGACACCAAACUAGAAGUACCAGACCCCGAUGAGAGUUUAUCCAUCCAUCUGACCAGCACCAAAGCUCCCAUAGAAGUCCUGCUGUGCACAGAUGAGGAGAAUGAUGCCAGGAGUCCUGUAAAAAAUGGCACCACAGACAUCAAUGGGAACUCUCCUUUCCUCAAAGUCCUUCAAGAUCCCAACUGCACGGCCACUUCUCCCAGCACCUCCCUGGCUCCACCUUCCUCCACUGCCGCUGUCUCUGUUACGACUCUCUCCCCGAUUUCGUCCCCUUACACCAGUCUCCUCCAGCAGACAGAAGACCAGAUCCCUGCUUCCUUGGGGCCUUUCUUAAACCUCGGACCUCCUCUUCUGGACCAAGAUGACUACCUCUUAGGUUUGGGAGAUGACCAGGGGAUUAGCGAUUUGUUCGAAGCCUAUGACUUUGAUAAAAUGCCCUCCUGCCUGGAUGACCUCCUGUGCAGCUAGCAUUAGCUAACAGAAAUUCAAAUUGAGUUCAUGGGAAAGAGAUGGAGAAAUGUGAGGGGUUUUUGAUGCCUGUGACUGACUGUGUAGCUAGUAGAUGCCAAUUUGAAAUAGAUGGAGAGGAAACAUUGAGGGCCCUCUCAGUCCCAGGAGGAACUAAAUGCCAUGUUCUCUCACGGCGUGAGAGUUGAAAGGCCUUGAACGAUUUCACACAAAGACACGACUGGUCAGUGUGCAGACAUGUCAAUUAAUCCUUGUCUCAGGCUAUGUAAGGCCUCAAGUGUAGCUGAGCAUUGGUGGACAUCUUAACGCCUUUUCUGCCUGUCUAAGCAUAAAUGGUGAGGGGAAGGAUAUCCACCUCUCUGUGUUGUGCAAGGUUCACGUCACUGUACUGAGAAGAGUUGGAAAAAUCACCUGGCAUUGACACACAUACACACGUGACUGGGUUAAGCAUAGAAUUCAAGUGCAAAUGCACCUGACGUGCACACGCAUGAUCACCUAUAACCACCACUAAAAGGAUCCCAAGAGGAAAACUUUACUGUUAAAGAACGCUGUAAAUAUGAUGAUUUGACUGGCUUGUCCUUUGGUGUGGGGAGAAUAGGUUGAUCUGUGUGUUCCUGGUGAUGCAUUUUGUCGUCCGUUGUCCAAAUUCAUCCAGGUAAUUCAUCCUGAGACAUUAUCCACAAGUAUACGAUGUGUAAAUGCCAUUUGCUUUGGGGCAGGAGAGAUACUAAUGGAUUCUUAACGAAUGCAUUCUAUUUCAUCACACAAAGGAUCUGUGCCUGCUCAUACUGCUGGCUGUUUAGUCCACAUGUUUCUGUGUUUCAAAUGUAGAGAAUUUUAGAAAUUAAAUAAAUAUAAAUGAAUUGGGGCAAUUUUGGUGCACAUGUAUGACUACAAUUGUUAACUUUCAGUUGGGUUAUGCAGGCGGAGGCUGUGGUCACCUGUCAGGAUGUCUUCUAAUUAUAUAGAGAAUGAGUAUUUUGUACAUUUAAGCACUAUUCAGAUGUUUUGCGACUGUCAUGGAUGACUAGUAAAUUAUCAAAUUUAAGGUGAACUAUAAAAUUGCAAUAGAAAAUAAUAGUGUGGUCUAAAUCUUUAACCUGAUCAGCCUGACAUCUGCUGAUCAAUUGGGUAUUACAUAUAUAUAAUAUGGUGCAAUGACAAAUGCAAAAGUUCUCGAGGGAAAAAAAGUGACAUCUAACCCAGAUUUAUUUUGCAGACAGAGGCCAGAAAGCCAUCACACCUGGAUAAUUUGUUUAAGCUAAGGGACCUGAUGUAUAAUUCUGGCAUGUUGGCACACAGGAUAUGCAAACUUUAAAAUCAUCUCUAAAUUUCACUCUUCGUGAUACUUUGUGAGUUCAGGACCGAAACGCCAUCUUUCUUGCUGCUUUUUUCACCUGUUCCUGCCAUAGUCAUCAGCAGAAGCUGCCAUAACAAAAACCUAAUGCCCCUAAUGCCUCCUCAGUUAGACUGUGUGCUGUGAAAUUAAACUGUGGUUUGAGUUUAGCAGGAACAUUUGACGUUGAACCACUUCAUACACGCUGCAUACUCGGUGUUUACUGAAAGCAGUGUAGGAAAUGGGAUAUGUGAGUAUUAGUCUUUUAGGUUUAGUAAGUGUUGAAUUUUAAUGGAUUUUAAAUACUGUAGGAAUAACUAAUGAAUUGCUCACCUAAGAAACAAAGAAACAGAUAGCCACUAAUCGAGGCUGCGGCAUGUAAUGAAGGGCUUAUUCUCCACCCUAACAGGAUACCGAAAAAAAUUGAAAAAGGAAAAAUAAUAAUAAUAAAGAAAAAAAUGUUUUGUAAUUUAAGCAAAUCUGUAAUCAAGAAAGGCUUAUGGACUUGAUGAACUAACAGCUGUAGGGAUGUGAUUUUUUUUCUUUUCUAUUGAUACUUGCAACACUGAUGCUUCUGAUAGCUUCUUGUGUUGUGACAACAUCCCUGAAAUCAUCUAGUCUGAAACCCGCAGCUUUAAACUAGACAAAACCUGCAGUUGCAGGAACUAUUGCUGCUGUUAGUUGCGCAAUGCUCCCCGGCCUGAUUGAUGUGCGCUUGAGUAAUUUGCGUAUGCAAGCAUGUGUGAGUUGAUGUGAAAGAUCAAGCUUUCUAAAGAGUAAGCCUGCCAUGUGUAAAUUGAUGUACAGUUUUCUAAAGAUUCUCAGUGCACAAGGUACUGUGGGCUACCUCUUACUUAAUGUUCAACAAUAGUAAUUGGGCGUAGAGGUAAAUGCCGUAGUGUGUUUGAGUGUUUGAAUUCUCCCUUUGUCAUAGAAAUUACAUAAUUUUGAUGUGAUAUUGGAUAUUACAUCGCACUUUUGUCUUUUGAGGUGUGCGAGAUUCCACUCUAACCCCGAUGUAGUAUUGGGUAUGCCUUUGCUCUUAAAACAGCCCUGAUGCUGUUACAUCUUAAAUUUAAAUAAUGGGAUGCACAUUUGAGCGAUUGUGAAGUGGAAAAAUGUAUUGCAAUAUUUUUGGGUUUUGCUUCUUUUUGGAGGGAUAUUUUCCAUUUGGUUUUUUUGUCCGUGUUUUUUCUUUUCUUUUCAUUCUCAUCGACCCUAACAAGUACACAUUCAAUAAUGCAGGCAUUCCUUCAAGGUUAGCCUAUCAUCCCAAUACUUGUCAUUAAGAGAUGUUGCCUGCAUGACUGUGUUCAUGUCUGACAUGGCCCUCUGCUGAAGUGUGUAGGGAGCUUUGCUUCUGUGACACUGUGUGUCCGUUUUAGUUUUGGAAUGAUGUGAGGGAGUGUGACAAAUAUUUCUUUCUUUUCAUUUCUGCCGUCUUUACUUUCUCAGAGUUUUCAAGGCUUUUGAAAGAAGCAUUUUCUCUUUGCUUAGUUUGCGCCACUAACAUAAGUGAAUGAAAUUUGACUUAAACGCACAGAAAUGCUCUCAUUCACAAAUAAUAUUCCUAUAGGCAUAUUUAUCAUUUUAUAUGUAUUUAUGGAAACACCCCCCCCCCUCCCCCCACAGUUUUGUUCACUAACCAUAUCUGUGCUAUUUUCUUAGACCAUUUACAUUUUCCUCCAUCUAUUACGAAGUGACCCGAAUUUGGUCACAAUAUUUCAUCCACUUUUACAUGAUGGAAACAUGGAUUUUGAGAAGAUUGUACCGUUUCACGGGUUUCUAAUGGAAUGUUAAAGAUUGUAACACACUGCUAAUGAUAGUUAGCCAGUGAGUCUGUCAAUGUGUAAUGGGUGACUACACCCAUUACUACAUUUCUAAUAUGCGAUUCUGAUUUGUGAUUCGACCUUGCAGAAAGUUAUCAUUAGGUUAAACAUGUUAACUAUAGUCGAGAUAAAGAAACAGCACUGCUCUCACUGCGAUUGUCCUAUGGUCAUUCUGAAGCUGUUACCAAAUACAAUAGACUGAUCCAUAAAUACUCUGCAAGUUUUAUGUGAAAAAAUAACGGUUUGUUGGGAAAUUAUAGACUGUAAAUUGAUGAAAUUGAUAUCUGUUUCCACUUUAAAAAAAAGCUGUAUUAAAAGAAAAUCACAUUACAUUUUUUUUGCAAUUUGAAUGCAUGGGUGAACAUAUCUGUGUACCGUUGAAUGUUUGAGGUAAACUAAUUUGAUGUUUUGCGAUGCGUGUUGUUCAGUUACAUAAACUUUUUCUUUAACAUCUGUUAAAUGAGGAAUAUGAGUUGAAUCUGUGGGGGGGGGGGGGGGGGGGGGGUAAAUGGAUUUGUUUUGUACUCUUGGCGUUUGUAAUUCCAAAUUUGAAUAAAGACAAUACAAAUAAGGAA